AUGAUGAGCACUCCGAAGCAGAAGUUGCGCCCAUCGCUGGGUGAGCCCUCUCGAGUGAGCCGGCUCCGUGCCCAGUCACCGGGGCGACUGCGUGCCCAGUCUCCUGGAGCCUCCUCGGUGGGUUCGGGAGAAGAGGUCGGAACGUCACCACGCAGGCGUGCACUCUUCCAAUCGACCGGAAGGGCCAGAGCUUUGACCACAGCGAGGCACUCGCGUGAUCCGCGUCCAGUGGGCGAACGUGCCUUCACUGCGCAGUGCGCCAAGAACGUGGUGGAGCUCUUGACGGCGAGAGGCUUUGCCAAGACCUUUUCGCACGACAAGUUGCUCAAGGACCCAUCGACCAAAGAGUUCUAUGACGUCUUUCGCUUCUUGAUCUCACAGCUGGAUCCACAAUUGGAAGUCGAAGGGAAGAUGGAAGAUGAGGUUCCUGCGAUCAUGCGUCGACUGAAGUACCCCGUGGAGGUGAACCGAUCGAAGCUGCAGGCCAUCAGCGGUCCCAAUACUUGGCCGCAGCUCUUGGCCGUGCUGGAUUGGCUUACGGUCCUCGUCCGCAUCAACGACGAGCUGGUGGAGCCCCUGGCGGCCUGUCAACUGGGCUUGUGCGAUGUGGGGGAUCCUGAUCGAGAUGCAGGCGACCAUCAUGUUCUUCGCUCUCUUCACGAGAACUACCUGGGCUUCUUGAGCGGAAAGGACGAUUGCGGUGAUGAAGAAAGGCUUCGCAUGAUCUACACCCAGCGGAUUGAUGCCUUGAAAGCUGAAAUCCAACGCCUGGAGAACCAGCAAGACGACAUGCAGAGGAGGCUCCAGGAUUUCCACCACGAGCACGAGAGGCUGCUGGAACUGCAAAAGAUGCCCGCGCAGUUGGAGAUGGAAGCGGAUCGCUUGCGUGCCACGCUUCAGGCCCAAGAGCACCAGGUGCAGACCAUCGAGGAUGAGAUUGUGGUGAAAGAGGCGGAGGCCCUCGAGCAGCAGCACGAGAUCGAGGCUUUACAGGCCAAACGAGCUGCUCUUGCGGAGCAGGUGGAAAGCCAGGCCUAUUCCAAGCGAGACAUCGAUCGGUUGCAUGCGGAGCGGGCGCAUCUUCGACAGCUCUUCAAGGAUUUGAAGGCCGAAGGUGAACGAGCUGAUGAAGAAGUGUGGGAGCUGGGCAUGCAAGAGCAAAGUCGAGCGGAGGAGAUUGCCCGCUUGGUCCGACAGGUCAAUGACGUGGCCGAAUAUUUGGAUCAUGAGCUGGGUGAGGAAGCAGCCUUUGACUUCAGAGUUCGCGUCGAUGUGUCGGAGCCGACGGACGCCCUGGUGGCGUUGCAAUUUGAUGAGCAGAAGAGCCACGCGCAGGUGCUCUCAGCUUCGCAUAGCGAGCGACUGCAAAAGGAGGAGUUGGCUCUCCACGAAGUCCUCGAGGAAAAGAGAUUGCUCCAGGCCGAGUUCGCAGAGAAGGACCGCGAGGGCCGGCAUAUGAAAGAGCGGCUUGAACAGCUGAAUCGAAUCUUCGAGGAGUAUCGGGAGUGGAGUGCUGCGCAGAUCGAAGAUGCCCAGAAGACCACGGAAGCCACGGAGGAUGCAGUCCACGAGAUCUCCAUCGGCAGCGCGGCGCCUUCCCUGAGGGACGCAGCGGAGGUGGAUAAGCUGAAGCUUAGCUUGGCCUCCCUGCAAGAAGAAUGCGCCCGCGAAAAGAUGCAGAUGGAGGAGCAGAUCCGCCGUGAUGAAGAGCGCUUGGAAGAACAUCGCCAGCUGGUCUUGCGUGAGCUGGACAGCUAUUCCAAGGCCAUGGGCUCGCUUUGUGAAGACGUGGAAUCCGCCCUGGUGAAGGGGUCCCUGCUGGAGUGUCCCACUCCCCAGCGGGCGUUCCCGCGAUCGCGCGGGGAGCGCCUGUCCACCCUGCUCGAGCAAUCGGACAAGGCAUCGCCCGUGAAGGCGUAG